GGCAGUUAUCUUCAGAGAGGACAUCAUUCUAGGGCGAGUCAGUCAGAAAUAUCUAAAUCGAGGUUAUUUAACCAAAUCAUCUGGGUUGAUUGUAUACAGAGUUAAAGAAACUGCACCUUCUUGAAUUGGGUCUGAACAAUGGAGACUGCGCUAGCAAAAACGCCACAGAAAAGGCAAGUUAUCUUUCUUGCUAUAUUGUUGCUUUUGUGGGAGGCUGGCUCUGACGCAAUUAGGUAUUCCAUGCCGGAAGAAACAGAAAGUGGCUCCUUUGUGGCCAACCUGGCUAAAGACCUGGGGCUCAGUGUGGGGGAGUUAGCUACUCGGGGCGCGCGAAUCCAUUACAAAGGAAACAAACAGGUCUUGCAGCUGGAUAUAGAAACCGGGAAUUUGCUGCUAUAUGGAAAACUAGACCGGGAGGUGCUUUGCGGGGCUACAGAUCCCUGUAUAUUAUAUUUCCAGUUAUUACUGGAAAACCCGGUGCAGUUUUUUCAGGCUGAUCUGCAACUUACGGAUAUAAAUGACCAUUCCCCACAGUUCCUAGAAAAGGAAAUGCUCCUAAAAAUCCCAGAGAAUGUUCAGCCAGGGACCGUAUUUCCUUUGAAAAUAGCUCAGGACUUGGACAUAGGUAUCAACACUGUGCAGAACUACACAAUCAGCCCCAACUCCCAUUUUCACGUUGUCACUCGUAAUCGCGGAGAUGGCAGAAAAUACCCAGAGCUCAUGCUGGACAAAGCGCUGGAUCGGGAGGAGCAGUCUGAGCUCAGUUUAACCCUCACGGCGCUGGAUGGUGGGACUCCGCCCAGGUCCGGGACCACUGCAGUCCACAUUGAAGUCGUGGACAUCAAUGAUAAUGCUCCUCAGUUUUUACAGUCGCUCUAUGAGGUACCGGUUCCAGAGAACAGCCCCCUAAACUCCUUAGUUGUUGUUGUCUCUGCCCAAGAUUUAGAUGCAGGAACAAAUGGGAAUAUAGUCUACACUCUAUUCCAAGGCAAUGAAGUUACUCAACCAUUUGUAAUAGAUGAAAUUACAGGAGAAAUUCGUCUGAAAAAGGCAUUGGAUUUCGAGGCAACUCGAUACUAUAAUGUGGAAAUUGCAGGCACAGACGGCGGGGGCCUUUCAGGAAAAUGCACUGUAGCUAUAGAGGUUGUGGAUGUGAAUGACAACGCCCCUGAACUUACCAUGUCGACGCUCACAAGCUCUACCCCAGAAAACUCACCAGAGACUGUAGUGGCUGUUUUCAGUGUUUCUGAUCCAGACUCCGGGGACAACGGUAGGAUGGUUUGCUCCAUCCAGAAGGAUCUCCCCUUUCUCCUGAAACCCACAUUCAAGAACUUUUACACCCUAGUUACGGAGAGACCACUGGACAGAGAGAGCCAGGCCGAGUACAACAUCACCAUCACCGUCACCGACCUGGGGACCCCCAGGCUGAAAACCCAGCACAACAUAACGGUGACGGUCUCCGACGUCAACGACAACGCCCCGGCCUUCAGCCAAGCCGCCUACACCCUGCGGGUGCGCGAGAACAACAGCCCCGCCCUGCACAUCGGCAGCGUGAGCGCCACGGACAGAGACUCGGGCGCCAACGCGCAGGUCACCUACUCGCUGCUGCCGCCCCAGGACCCGCAGCUGCCGCUGGCCUCGCUGGUGUCCAUCAACGCGGACAACGGGCAGCUGUUCGCGCUCAGGUCCCUGGAUUUCGAGGCGCUGCGGGCGUUCGAGUUCCGCGUGGGCGCGGCCGACCGCGGCUCGCCGGCGCUCAGCAGCCAGGCGCUGGUGCGCGUGCUGGUGGUGGACGACAACGACAACUCGCCCUUCGUGCUGUACCCGCUGCAGAACGGCUCCGCGCCCUGCACCGAGCUGGUGCCCAGGGCGGCCGAGGCGGGCUACCUGGUGACCAAGGUGGUGGCGGUGGACGGCGACUCGGGCCAGAACGCCUGGCUGUCGUACCAGCUGCUCAAGGCCACGGAGCCCGGGCUGUUCGGCGUGUGGGCGCACAGCGGCGAGGUGCGCACGGCCAGGCUGCUGAGCGAGCGCGACGCCGUCAAGCACAGGCUGGUCGUGCUGGUCAAGGACAAUGGCGAGCCGCCGCUGUCGGCCAGCGUCACGCUGCACGUGCUGCUGGUGGACGGCUUCUCGCAGCCCUACCUGCCGCUCCCGGACGCGGCGGCGGCCGAGGCCCGCGCCGACCCGCUCACCGUCUACCUGGUGGUCGCCUUGGCGUCGGUGUCGUCGCUCUUCCUGUUCUCGGUGCUGGUGUUCGUGGCGGUGCGGCUGUGCAGGAGGAGCCGGGCGGCGUCGGGGGGCGGCUGCUCGGUGCCCGAGGGCCCCUUUCCGGGCCACCUGGUGGACGUCAGCGGCGCGGGGACCCUGUCCCACAGCUACCAGUACGAGGUGCGUCUGACAGAAGGCCCCGGGUCAAAUGAGUUCAAGUUCUUGAAGCCUAUUAUCCCCAAAUUUCCGCCCCAUGGAGCUGUCGAAGAAAUUGAGGAAAACGCCACCUUCCGGAAUAGCUUUGGAUUCAAUUAGGGAUCUGAUCACAAUGCCAUGUGUUUUGCCAUUUAUCUCUAAUUUCCCCAAAUACCGAGUUUGAGAACGUCAUGGAGAAAAACCCCACCUUCAGGUAUGAUUUCCUUUUUGUAGUAAAUUAAUCCUUUGAACUUUAUCUUGUCCAGUUUUGAAAAACUGAAUUAUAUGUCAUUGCAUCUAUUUAUACAGUGCCACCCCAAAUCUAAGCAUGCUCUUGAUUUUUCUGAGAUGUUUGCUCCUGAUGGUAUUUGUCAGGGUGAGCUAUUUUAAUGAAAUCAAAUAUUGUUUUUCUCUGUAUUCUAUUCAUUGUUUCAUCAUACUCUCAGUGUUUUUGAUGCUAAAUAGCAAAACAAAAUGUUUUUACAUAAUUUUGUUUUCAAAGGAAUACGUGCACAUGAUAACAAAUGUAAUGUGUGAGAAAACCUGACAAAAAGCAACAAUAAUCUGGGCACCUGGGUAGCCCCAAUGGUUAAGACUGGGCUCUUGGUUUUGGCUCAGGUCUUGAUUUCAGGGUCAGGAUCUGCCUGUGUGGGGCUCUGGCUCAGAGCGGAGUCAGCUUGAAAUUCUCGCUUUUUCUCUUCCUCUGCCCCUUCCCACCCUCCCCCCACCCCCCGCUCUCUCUCAAAUAAGUAAAUUGUUUUUUUUAAAAAAAGCAACAAUCUUCUAGCUCUGAUCUACACUGGGAAACAUUUUGUUAAACAAACAUUUUUUAUUGAAUUAUACAUACAGAAAAGGGAACAAAUCCUGACAUCAGCUCAAUGUGUUUUAAGAAAGUGAACAUACUUGGUACUGGUAUCUUGAUGAAGAAAUGAAACAUUGCUAGCAUUUCAGGUGCCACACAAAUUACCCCUUAAAGUCACUAGCAGCCCAAGUAUAACAAAUAUCCUGACUGCCAAUACUAUGUUUUAGUUUUUGCCUGUUUUGAAUUUGUAUCAGUGGAAUAGUAGAGUAUGAACUAUUUUGUGUCUGGCUUCUUUCACUGAACAUCAUGUUUCUGAAAUUUGUCCAUGAUAUUGCUUUUAAUUUUAGUUUUUUUAUUAUCAUUGCUGUGUAGUAUUCCAUUGUAUGAAUCUUUCACAAUUUAUUGCCCAUCCUAUUUGGGUUGGUACAAGGUUUGACUGUUGGAAUAAUACUGCUUUGAACAUUCUCAUACAUGUCCUUUGGCAAACAUUUAUAUGCCUUUCUUUGGUGUAUACCUAGGAGUGAAAUUGCUGCUCAUUUACAAAGUACAUGGUCACUUUUAGUAGAUACUUCCAAAUAGUUUUCCAAACUGGUUGUACCAAUUUACACUGCUGUCAGUACAGUCUGGAUGUACCAGUUCCUCCAUAUUUUUGCCAAAACUUGGUAUUUGUUUUUCAUUUUAUCCCAUUGGAAAGUACUUUUAAAUCUUUUAUUUCUAGUUCUUUUUGUAUUCAUUUAUUCAUUACUAAAGAAUGUGUUUGUAACUUUUUCAUAAACUUAAAACAAUUUCCUCAAUUUCCUGCUGUUGCUUAGUACCUAGCACACUUAAAACUUCUCUCAUUCAUCCUUAACAUAUGGCUGUGUCACUGUUUUCCAGUACUUCCCUGCACAAACUGAAAUCUUUUAUUUAUUAUUCCACUAGCAACAUUUAUUGUUCCACUAACAACAGUUCCUUUGCAUUUACUUCUAUGACAGAAUAGAAUACAGUUCUUAUUUUUUUCCUCUUACCUCUUUCUCCCUUACACUUUCAGACCUCUAUCAAAUUAACUUUUACUUUUGUCAAUGUUGAUGACAUUUUUUACUCUACAACCAUAGCUAAGAAUUCCCCCUUUUGUCUGUAGAUCUGUUUUCUGAAAAUCAAUAUUAAAAAUUCACCAUUAAUGACAUAUAAAUUAUGAAUGCCCUGCAGCCAAAGAUCACCAGGAACACAUUGUAUCAGAACAAAGUUGGGUUUAUUGACUUGUUGUAAGGAGGGAGACUGCACAUCCUGGGAAAGCAUGGGUUACCUUAGUAAUAGCGCCUUAAAAAGGAGCAUAGGUUUUGGGCUUGUGUUCAGUGAUUUUGCAUAGAGUUCAAGGAAGUAGCCAUGGAUUAGAUGCUUUCAGUGAAUGGCAGUAAUUCUAUUAUAGGACUCUUACUGAAUUUUAUUUAGGAGAUGAGAAGAACAAAAUGAGGUUAAAGCUGUAACUGGUUUUUUUUUAUUAUUUUUGUUUUGUUUUAAAGAUUUUAUUUAUUUAUUUGACAGAGAGAAACACUCAGAGAGAGAGGGAACACAAGCAAGGGGAGUGGAUGAGGGCAGGGAGCCCAAUGCAGGGCUCAAUCCCAGGACCCUGGGAUCAUGACCCGAGCCUAAGGCAGAUGCUUAACGACAGCCACCCAGGUGCCCCUGUAACUGUUUUUUUAAAACCUGCAUUCACUCAUAAUAAGCUAGGACAGAGGGCUUGGUCAUUUUUUUUUUUUUUUGGUUUUUACAUGUUCUUGUUUUUGUCUCUGCUCAAGCAUGAUCAUGAUGUCAUAUUAUUGUGGUUUUGUUCCAUUUUAUCACAAUGAUCUUUAAUGAUGUUCUGUGAAGUUGUUUAUAUUCAACAGGAGAAGAUCAUGGCCCAUUUGUGGGUGCUAAGCCAGUUCCUAUUUAUAAGAGGCUGAUUUUCUCUUUCUCAAAAUAUUCAUUGCACUAUAAAAUCCCUAGAAGAAAGCACAGGAGAAAAGCUUCAUGACACUGAAUUUGGCAAUGAUUUCUUGGGCAUGACACCAAAAGCAAUGAAGGCAAAAAUAGACAAAUGACACUACAUCAAACUUAAAAAUUUUUAUGCAUCAAAGAACACAGUCAACAGUGAAAAGGCCACCUAUCAAAUGGGAGAAAAUACCUGCAAAUCUUUUAUCUGAUAAGGGGUUAAUGUCCAUAAUAUUUAAGAACUCCUACAACCCAACAGAAACAACAAAAUAUCAAGUAACCUCAUUAAAAAAUGAACAAAGUAAUUGAAUAGACAUUUCUCCAAAGAUGAUGUGCAGAUGACCAACAAAAAUAUGAAAAAAUGCUCAACAUCACUAAUCAUCAGAGAAAUGGAGAUCGAAACCACAAUGAGGUAUUACCUUACACACACAUGAGGAUGACUGCUAUCAAAAACCAGAAAAUAGCAAGUGUUUGUAAGGAUGUAGAGAAACUGGUACCUUUGUGCACUGUUGGUGAGAUUGUAAAAUCAUGCAACUGCUAUAAAAACAGUAUGGAGGCUCCUCAAAAAAUUUAAAAGAGAACUUGUAUAUGAUCCAGCAGUCUCAUUCCUGGGUGUAUAUCUACAGGAAUUGAAAGCAAGGUCUCAAAAAGGUCUUUGUGCACCCAUAUUCAUAGCAGCAGUAUUCACAACUGGCAAGAGAUGGAUGCAACCCGAAUACCCACAUGUGGAUGAAUGAAUAAACAAAAUGUGGUGUGUGUGUAAAGAAUGGGAAUAUUAUUCAGCCUUAAAAAAGGAAGGCAAGCCUAUCACAUGCUACAGCAUGGAUGAACUUUGAACACAUUAUUCUAAGUAAAAUAAGAUAGUCACAAAAAGGCAAAUACUGUAUGAUUCCACUUAAAUCAUGUAUCUAAAGUUGUUAAAUUCAUACAAACAGAAAGUAGAAUGGUGAUUACCAGGGAUGGGGGGAGGAGGAGAAGGGGAGUUUUGUUUAAAGGGUAUGGAGUUUCAAAUUUGCAAAAUGAAAAUGUUCUGAAGAUCGGUUUCACAACAAUGUGAAUAUACUUAACACUGCUGAACUGUACACUGAAAAAUUGUUAUGAUGGUAAAUUUUGUUAUAUUUUUAACUACAAUAAAAUAUGUUGUUCAUUGCAGAACCAUAUU